AUGGGCCUAUAUCCUCUCCAAUUGUUGACAUAUAGUUCACAUUACAUAAACCUUAAACCUUUUAGCAUUCCACCACCAUCUUUAACGAUGAAGGACCGGCCGCUGUCAUCAUGCGGCGCUGUUUACGUUCCUCCACAUCAACGCCUCCGUUCAGUAAUCACUGUUCCCUCUGCUGUUUCUCCACAACCUGGCAGCUUACGUCCUACAGCAAUCGAUCAAAAACCUAAUCCUAACUCUCUCAAGUCCUACGCUUGCCUUCCGCCUCAGCAGCAACCAGUGCGACUGCAACAUAAGAGAAGUUCACAAUUUGAUGACGUUUCUGAGGAAGGGGGUGAUAUUGAGCUUACGCCAUAUCAGGGUGCUGUCACAUCUGAUAACGCUGAAACAUGGAAAUGGAAGCUCACUGCUCUGCUACACAACAAUGAUAUACAAGAGGUGCUCUCAAGGGAGAAAAAAGAUAGGCGUGAUUAUGAGCAAAUAGCAGCUUUAGCAAGCAAAGUGGGUUUAUAUAGCAACCUAUAUUCAAAAGUAGUUGUUGUCAGCAAGCUUCCAUUACCUAACUACAGGUUUGAUUUGGAUGAUAAGCGUCCUCAGAGAGAGGUGAUCCUGCCUCCGGGUUUACCUAGACGAAUAGAUCUUUUUCUUGGAGAAUACUUGUCUCGUAAGCCAAGGAGCACAGAUGUACUUUCACGAUCAAGCAGUAAUGGCAGUAUAGCUACUGAUGAGGGUCUAUUUGAGCAGUCAGAGGCACCCCCUCAAAGUAAGGUUUCCAUGAAGAAAAUCCAUUGGGAAAGGAGUAUGCAAAUGCAGACAGAGCAGCAAACUUGGCAGGAAUCACCUGAGGGUAGGAAGAUACUGGAAUUUCGUAGUAGUCUACCCGCGUAUAAGGAAAGAGACGCAAUAUUAAGUGCCAUUUCACAGAACCAGGUGGUUAUUGUCUCUGGUGAAACUGGCUGUGGGAAGACCACACAGAUUCCACAGUUUAUUUUAGAGUCUGAAAUUGAGUCUAUUCGUGGAGACAUGUGUAGUAUCAUAUGUACACAGCCAAGAAGAAUAUCUGUUAUGGCAGUAUCUGAAAGAGUUGCUGCGGAGAGAGGGGAGUUGUUGGGUGAAACAGUUGGAUAUAAAGUUAGGCUAGAAGGUGUUAAAGGAAGGGACACUCACCUCCUCUUCUGUACAACUGGUAUCUUGUUAAGAAGGCUACUGGUUGAUAGAAAUCUGAAGGGAAUCACACAUGUAAUUGUGGACGAGAUUCAUGAACGUGGAAUGAACGAAGACUUUCUGCUAAUUGUUCUGAAGGAUUUACUCCCACGUCGGCCAGAAUUAAGGUUGAUCUUGAUGAGUGCCACCUUAGAUGCAGAGCUUUUCUCUUCAUACUUUGAUGGGGCUCCACUAGUCCACAUUCCGGGAUUUACAUAUCCAGUGCGCACUCAUUUCCUGGAAAAUAUUCUGGAGAUGUCCGGGUACAGGUUGACGCCAGACAAUCAGAUUGAUGAUUAUGGGCAGGAGAGAACGUGGAAAAUGAACAAACAAGCUCCAAGAAAAAGGAAGAGCCAGAUUGCUUCUGCUGUUGAGGACACCCUCAGAGCUGCUGAUUUCCAAGAAUUUAGCCCUGAGACACAGGAGUCUUUGUCUUGUUGGAAUCCUGAUUGUAUAGGCUUCAAUUUUAUAGAAUAUAUUCUAUGCCAUAUUUGUGAAAAUGAAAGGCCCGGUGCUGUUUUAGUUUUUAUGACUGGUUGGGAUGACAUAAGUUCUCUGAAGGAUAAGCUACAGUCUCAUCCUAUCUUGGGGAAUACAAGCCGUGUUUUAUUGCUGGCAUGCCAUGGUUCUAUGGCUAGUUCAGAGCAGAGGUUAAUAUUUGACAAGCCUGAAGAUGGAGUAAGGAAGAUUGUGUUAGCUACAAAUAUUGCUGAGACCAGUAUCACGAUUGAUGAUGUAGUGUUUGUUAUUGACUGUGGCAAGGCAAAAGAGACGUCAUAUGAUGCACUUAAUAAUACUCCUCGUUUGCUUCCUUCUUGGAUUUCAAAGGUUUCAGCUCGCCAAAGAAGGGGACGAGCUGGACGUGUUCAGCCAGGAGAAUGCUAUCAUCUUUAUCCCAGAUGUGUAUAUGAUGCUUUUGCAGAUUAUCAAUUACCAGAAAUUCUGAGGACUCCUUUGCAAUCCCUUUGUUUGCAAAUUAAGAGUUUAAAACUCGGUAGCAUUUCUGAGUUCCUCACGAGGGCUUUGCAAUCUCCCGAGUUAUUAGCGGUUCAAAAUGCUGUUGAGUAUCUGAAAAUCAUUGGGGCUUUAGAUGAGAAUGAAAAUUUGACUGUUCUAGGACGUUACUUAACAAUGCUUCCAAUGGAGCCUAAACUGGGGAAAAUGCUUAUACUUGGAUCAAUUUUGAAUUGUUUGGACCCGAUAUUAACUAUUGUUGCUGGUCUUAGUGUCCGAGAUCCCUUCUUGACACCACUUGACAAGAAAGAUCUUGCAGAUGCUGCCAAGGCUCACUUUUCACGCGAUUUUAGUGACCAUCUUGCUCUUGUCCGAGCAUAUGAGGGUUGGAGGGAUGCUGAAAGAGACCUAGCUGGAUAUGAGUACUGCUGGAAGAAUUUUCUGUCUGCACAGUCUAUGAAAGCUAUUGAUUCUCUUCGCAAGGAGUUUUACUCUUUGCUGAACGACACUGGUCUUGUUGACAGCAACAUUACCAUGUAUAAUUCUUGGAGUUAUGAUGAGCAUCUUCUUCGAGCGAUUAUCUGCUAUGGGUUGUAUCCUGGAAUCUGUUCUGUACUGCAUAAUGAAAAGUCAUAUUCAUUGAAAACAAUGGAAGAUGGUCAGGUGCUAUUACACUCGAACUCUGUUAAUGCCCGGGACUCCAGGAUACCAUAUCCUUGGCUGGUGUUCAAUGAAAAGAUCAAAGUAAACUGUGUCUUUCUACGGGAUUCUACAGCUAUCUCCGACUCAGUGCUGCUUCUAUUUGGAGGCACCAUCUCAAAAGGGGAAGUGGACGGUCACUUGAAAAUGUUGGGUGGAUACUUAGAGUUCUUUUUGAACCCUACUAUAGCAGAAAUGUACAGAAGUCUAAGAAGAGAGCUUGAUGAGUUUAUUCACACUAAACUCCUGAAUCCUAGGAUGGAUGUACAUAGUUAUCAUGAACUUCUGUCAGCAAUACGGUUGCUUAUCUCGGAGGAUCAAUGCGGUGGCAGAUUCGUUUUUAGUCAUCAGAUUUUACUUCCUUCCAAGCCUUGUACUGGAGCACCACCACCAGCUCCAACAUCAAGGAUAGAAAGUGGUCCAGGAGGUGACAAUGCUAAGUCUCAGCUACAGACGUUGCUGAAUCGAGCAGGAUAUGCAACACCAACCUACAAGUCAUUGCAACUCAAUAACAAUCAGUUUCGAGCAACUGUGGAGUUCAACGGAAUGCAGAUAAUGGGAAGACCUUGCAACAACAAAAAGCAAGCUGAAAAAGAUGCAGCAGCUGAGGCUCUGGAGUGGCUGUUGGAAGGGCACCGUGCAGGUCCUGAUUACAUUGAGCAGAUGUCUCAGUUUCUGAAAAAGAGCAAAAAGGCAUAGAGUGGACAUCACAAAAUUGGCAUCCGUGAUGCUUGGGACAGCCUCACGUCCUUGGUUUUGUUCGGGAUGGGUUCAUAGGAGCA